AUGGAGGCCAGUGGCAGCGGUCGAGGCCUGUCAGCAGCCUACGGCGGCGCCCACGGUGGCGGUGGCGGUGCCGGCGUUCUGCCGGAGGACGUCCGCUGCCCCAUCUGCGUCGAGCUGAUCUCCAACCCCUUUAUCCUCAAGCUUGCCGCGGCCAGUGGGUCCGCCCUGGAGCGGCCCUCCCUGCUGCAGCAGGUCCAGCGCUUCCUGCGCACCAUGCCGGCCGCGGGCAGCCUGCCAGACCUCGACGCGGCCAUUGAGGCGCUGCAGGAGCGCCGCAGCCAGCUGACUAAUGAGCAGCUGUCGAACGACCUGCGCCUGCUGCUGCUGUUCCUGGAGCACGCGCGGGAGUUGCGGGCGGAGCAGCUGCACAGCGUGCACCAGCAGCUCGACCUGCUGCAGCACGACCUGGCGGUGGCGCAGGGCGACGCCGCAGACGCCGCCGCAGCGGCUGCUGCCGCCGCAUCCAGCCCCUGGCACGUGCACCAUCACCCCCACCCCCACCAAGCGCGGGGCCUCGGGCCUGGUCUGCCCCAGCUUGCUGGCGCAGCGGCGUCGGCUGCCGGCGCGGACUUGCGGCACUGGCGGAGCGGCGGGUCGUCUGCCGUGGGCGCGGGCGCGGGCGCGGGCGGCCGGCAGUGGGCGGCGCCGGCCGCCGGCGGCGGAGACGGCGCAGUCGGCAGCAUCGGCUGGGCGCAGGGCGCGCAGUUGGCGCAGCUGCCGGCGCUGUGGCAGCAGAGGUGGCACCAGUGGCAGCAGCAGAGCGGCGCGGCGGCGCAGCGGCGCGUGAGCUCGGCGCCGAGCCUGCUGGCGUUGGAGGCGGAGGCCGAGGCCGAGGAGGCGCUGCAGCAGGAGCACGGGCAGCAGCAGCAGCAGCAGCAGGGGCGGGAGCUGGGGGUGGACGAGAUGCAGCAGGACGAGCAGCGGCGGCGGCGACAGCAGGCGGCGGCGGCGUCGGGCCGGCCGCAGCAGCAGCUGCUUGAACAGCAGCCGCUGCAGGUGCAGCAGCUGCACACGCGGCAGCAGCAGAUACAGCAGCAGCAGAUACAUCAGCAGCAGCAGCAGCAGCAGCAGCAGGAUAUGCAGCAGCAACAGCAGCGGCUACGGCCGUUGCUUCAGCAGCAGCAGCAGCCGGAGCAGGGCCUAUGCCUGGACGGCAUGGGGCACCGCAGCAGCAUGGAGCGCAGCCCAACACCCCCGCUUAUGCGGUCGACCCCGACACCCACAACACCAACUGGCGCCGCGCGCGCAGCAGCGGGCGCAUUGGGGCCGCCCGCGGCGGUGGCAGGCUCGGCGGCGGUCGCGACGCCGGCAGCUCCGCGGCAGCGGGCCCCGCCCAACGGCACCGCUGCAAGCAGCAGCAGCGCCGGCGCCGAGGACGCGCCGGGCGUGUCGCAGCAGGGCCGGGGGGCGGCGGGCGCGGCGGGGCUGGACGCCGUCCGGGGCGGCGGCAGCACGCUGGCGGGCGCGGCGAACGCAGCCGCCAACGGCGUCGGCAGCGCAGGCAGCGGCGGCGAGGACGAGGCGGACAGCGACCCGUCCGCCCUCGCGCCGGCCAAGAAGCGGCGCAUCAUGUCGCAGUUUGACGAGCUGCAGAACGCGUACCUGAGCAUGAGGGCCGCGCAGCAGGCGGCGGCGCAGGAGGCCCAGGGGGCAGACGCGCCCGAGGCCGCGCCGGAACACUGCGGCGGCGGCGCGCAGGGCGGCGCCGGCGGCUGGUGCUUCCUCUCGAGCCUGGACUUCGACGCCAGCGGCCGCCUGCUCGCCGCCGCCGGCGUGCAGCAGCGCGUGUGCGUGUACGACGCGGCCGCGCUGCUGUCCGCGGCGGCCGCCGAGCGGCGCGGGCGGACGGCGGCCGCGGCCGCGGCUGCGCCGGAGCCGAUAAUCGACGUGCCCAUGAGCUCGAAGCUCAGCUGCCUCGACUUCUGCCCGGAUCGUGCGUCCAAGGAAAGGCUGCUCGCCUCGGACUACGGCGGGGCGCUUUGCCUGGUCGACGUGGCUGCGGGCGGCGCGUGCGUGCGGCGGUGGGAGGCGCACAAGCAGCGCGCGUGGAGCGUCGAGUUCGCGCCGGGCAGCUGCGGCGCGACCUGUGCAAGCGGCAGCGACGACCUGACCGUCAAGGUGGGCGUCUGGAGCCUGCAGCAGCCGCGCGCCGCGCUGACGCUCGACGUCGGCGCCAACGUGUGCUGCGUCGCGCACCACCCGACCGCGGCCCACACCGUCGCCGUCGGCAGCGCGUCGCACCAGGCGCUGAUCUACGACCUGCGGGCGCCGCGCCACCCGCUGGCCACCCUGAGGGGUCACUCGAAGGCGGUGUCCUACGUGCGGUGGCUGUCGGACUGCGAGCUGGUGACGUCGUCGAUCGACAGCACGGUCCGACUGUGGCAGUCCGGAGCGGGCGGCGGUGGCGGUGGCGGCAAGGGCGCGGGCGCGUGCGCCCCAGCGGACGGCGCCGCGGCGGCAGCGUCUGGCGACGCGCCUGGCGUCAUCGAAGCAAUGGAUGACGACGCGGCGGGGUGGGCCAGCGCGCGCGUGUUUGCCGGGCACCAGAACCACCGCAACUUUGUUGGGCUGUCUGUCCAGAGUCCGUUUGUGGCGUGCGGCAGCGAGAGCAACGAGGUCUGCGUCUACUACCGCGGCAUGAGCAGCCCUAUUCUGCAGGUGCCGCUGCAGCCGCCCGCCGGCGGUUUCGGCGGCGGCAGCGGCGGCAGCGGCGGCAGCACCGCCACCACGACCAACGUCAACGGCGGCGGCGGCGGCGCGGGCGGCGGCGGGGCGGGGCCAGCGCACUUUGUGAGUUCGGUGUGCUGGCGCGAGGGUGGCGGCGGCGGCCGCGGCGGCCGUGGCGGCGGCAGCUUGCUGGCGGCGGCAAACAGCUCAGGAGCGAUCUGGCUGCUGUCGCUCACGUGA